AUGGCUAUUCCUUCUGUCCUCAUCAUAGGGGCCGGCAACUUUGGUGCUUCGACGGCGCUCUCGCUUCUUAGAAAGGGCAACGUCAAGGUUAUCAUUGUCGACCCGGCCGCUUACCCCAACCCCAGAGCCGCAUCACACGACAUCAACAAGAUUAUUCGUGAUGACUACCCAGACAAGCUCUACAUGCGCCUGCUGAAAAGGGCCAUGCCCCUCUGGAGGGAUGAUGAGCUCUACAAGAGUUUCUACCACGAGGUGGGCAUGCUCCGCGCCGAUGCUUCUUCGUUCGGCGAGGAGAGCAUUGCCUCAUACCGCGAGAUGGGAAUUCCCAACAAGUCAGAGCUACUACCCGUCGCGGAAGUACGCCGCCGCUGGAACGGUGCGUUUGAGACGGCCGACUUCAAGGGGGUGGAUAAGGUUCUCUGGAACCCCAACGUGGGGUUCGGGGAGGCGGACAAGGCGCUCGGCGCAGUGGUGCAGGCUGCGGUGGACCUCGGAGCCGAGUUCAUCAUGGGUGAGGUGACGACACUGGACUUUGGAUCUGAAGAUCAAUGCGUCGGCGUCACGCUCAAGGACGGCACGAAAUUACGUGCUGACAAGACCCUUUUGGCAGCAGGGGCUCGAACAGCUUCUCUACUUGCACAGAGCGCGCCCGAAAAGCCACUGCUCCAUGCUGGCGAACGAUUGUUGGCUACAGGUGCUGUGAGCUUCUUCGCGAAGCUGCACGGCGCGCAAAAGGACAAGUUCUCGACAAUCCCCGUGCUCAAGAACUGCUUGCCCCAGGUUAAAGGAGAGGGCAUGUCGAUACUGCCUGACGGAACUAUCAAGUUCAACUGCGACCUAUGCUUCACCAACUACCAAGUAUUUCCCCCGACCGGUGAGGCCAUGUCAGUUGUGCCUGACCAGUCCGCGUACAACACGUGGACAGGGCCUCGGUUCCUCAAGUUCUUUGAGGAUCGGGCGCGAAGGACGUUUAAUGGUCUAUAUGGCAAGGAAGUUGAGAAUAUCAAGAUUGAGGCCUACCGAAUGUGUUGGGACGCAUCAACACCAACGCAUGACUUCCUCAUAACUCCCCACCCGCAAUCCGACAAUCUCUAUAUCGCAACUGGAGGUUCAUUCCACGGCUGGAAGUUCCUGCCCGUCAUUGGUGACUACGUGAUGGCCAUGAUGCAGGGCACCCUUGACUGCGACCUAGCCGACCGAUGGGCCUGGAACAAGAAGGGCGGAGAUGGUCACUCAGCGAACCCUACAUACCAAAUUGUCGGGGACCUCCAGGACUGGACUGGCGGUUGGGCCAACUAG